AGCCGGCGCAUAGCUUACUUUCUGCUUUGCUCUGAGAAUUUCCCACAUCAGUUGAGGAUCAUUGAUAAUAAAAUGGCGGCCGUUAUCUUGAAUUAUUGUAAUCGGUCUAAAUUUGUAGUUAAUGAAAUAGACUUCUGAGAUCGAAAUUCGACGUUCCAUUUUUAUCUGCAAAUGAGAGGGAAUUUUACUUAUUUUUUCUAUUAUAUAUACGUUUCUUUAUUUUAGUUUUUAAGUUAAAACAUGUGCAUAGUGGUUGUUUGUGUAUCAUCAGUUACUAUCCUGUAUCAGUUGAAUGCCUGGACAUGAAGUUUAAUUUUGUGAAUUAUCGAACUGUUUUUUGAUACAUAAAAGGUCUUAAAUGAAACGUGCGAGCGAAAAGUACCACGUGACCUCUCCUAGCCGUCCGCUAGUAUAUGACUCGUGAAUGUGUGUGGCGGUGGGUGAAAAUUGUUUUUGAUUUUUUAGUUUUUAUUUUGAAAGUUAUGAUUUCAAACUUAAAAUUAGGAUGUUAUUUACUCGUUUAUUUAAGGGAGAAAAAAUAGUCUAUACCCAUAAUGGGUUGUUGAAUUAUUAAUAAAUAGUUGUUAGCAUGUGUAAUGGCUGUGGUUGUAUCAACUUCUUCUGUUGUUUCCACUACAUCAGCUUGCCUAUCUCCACAACUACCUCUCUUAUCAUUACGUGAAACUGUUGCGAAAAUUAACAUGCCUGCAGUUGUUCAGGGUCCUGUUGUGAAUCCUCAAAUGUCUCAUACUUCUACUUCAGUAACUGCUGCCGUUGAGCCUUUGUUUAAUUUCAGUAUAAGCAAUGGAGAGAUUCACCCUGUUACUUCAAAUGCUGUUCCUAAAAUUGCAGUUCCUCCUGUUGUUACAUUAAAUGUUGCACAAAACUUGAAAAAUGACGCAGUGACAACAACUAGUCAAAAGCCAAUUAUUGUAACUGUAUCAAAUAUGCAAGGAAUGCCAUCUGGAAAACAUGUUAAUCUAACUUCCACGACCAAUGUAUUGACUGCACCGCUUAUAUCUGCACCUGUUCACAUGGUUGCCCAACACUUCACCACUGAAAAGCUACCAGCAUCUACUAAUCUCAUGUCGCUCCCUACUCUUCCCAGAGCCGCUACUGUUAACCCAGUACUAUCUGCCAAACCACGCCAAGCACAACACAUUACUCCCCUUCUUCCAAGUGGCAUUCUUACCAAAACUGGACAACUGGUGAUUGCCAGCGCCAAUAGUCCUUUGAUAGGUUCUUCAUCUGGCUCAGUUAUAACAAGCAUGUCAGGUAUAUCUUUGAAUAGCAAUAUAGUUACAGUGACGCCUGUGUAUGUGACGUCAACCACUCCGCUGAUGUCCUUUCCUAGUAAUUCUGGAGUCACUCUCAAUCCUGUUUCUCAAGGGCAAAUGAUUACCACUAUGAUUCAACCCACGGCAAAUGCAAAACCAACUUUAGCUCCUAAUAACAAAACAAUAAUGCCUGCUGCAUUUCUUAAGCCUGUUAGUAUUGCGGCUGCUGCUCCUUUUCCAGUAGCUGUGCAACCUACUCCUAUUGCACCAGCGGCUAUAACUAUAGCGCCAGUUCAGACAAAAGAGCCUGAAGUGGAACCUAAGUGCGAUCCCAAGCCUAAUGAAUUUGAUCCAAUACAGGCAAUGGAAUGGAAAGAUGGAAUCGCAACUCUACCUGGUAGUAAUUUAAAGUUCAAGUUGACUGAGUUUGGUACUCUCGAAAUGAUUAAUGAUGACAUUUUUACUGCUUCUCCUUCUCCUGUUAAGCCUAUCAAAGAAGAAACCUCUGUGGCACCACCGGAAGACAACACUUCUGAGACAAGACAAAAACCUGUAAAGAAUAAAGAAAUGUAUCAGGAUGAAAGCAGCAUUGACAAAAUUCCCCAAACUGGGCCAAAAGACCAAGACAUGUCUGAAGAAUUAUGCCGUUGUGAAAAUUGCAAUUGUUUUGGCUUGAAAGGAGAGUUUUGCAAAGGUGGUCGUUUUUGUAGUGAAUCUUGUGCCACAGCUUUUAACAACAAACGGAAUACAAUAUUAAAGAGAGGAGCCACCCGUGAAAAGACUAAAAAGAAAAAAGUAAAGAUUGAAAGUAGUGAGGAUACUCCUACUUCUGAAGUAAAAACUGAUAUUAAGACAGAAGAUUUUAAAAAAGAAAUUAAUGAAGAUAAAAUAGUAUAUGCUGAACCAAAGAAAGAGGAAUUUUCAUGGGAUGCUUAUUUGAAGAAGGAGAAAGGUAUUGCUGCUCCCGUCAAACUAUUCAAUGAGAAUCAAAUGUAUCCGGAUAAUGGAAAUGCUUUUCAAGUUGGAAUGAAAUUGGAAGGCAUUGAUCCAAAGCAUCCUUCACUAUUUUGUGUACUCACGGUGAGUGAAAUCAAAGGAUACAGAGUAAGGCUGCAUUUCGAUGGGUAUUCUGAAUGUUACGAUUUCUGGGUGAAUGCUGAUUCACCUGAUAUAUUCCCAGCUGGAUGGUGUGAAAAAACAGGCCACAUACUUCAGCCACCCAAAGAUUACAGACCCCAAGAUUUCAAUUGGGACAGUUAUCUGAAGGCUACAAAGUCUGAAGCAGCACCAAAAACUCUUUUUAGUUGUAAAUCUGGCAUGAGUGCAAGUCCGCAUUUUAGACGUGGAAUGAAACUUGAAGCUGUGGAUAAGAAGAAUUAUUCUCUUGUAUGUGUUGCAACUGUGACAGAUGUUAUGGAUAACAGAUUUUUAAUUCAUUUUGAUGGUUGGGAAGAUGUUUAUGAUUAUUGGGCCGAUCCAUCAUCUCCACAUCUUCAUCCUAUUAAUUGGUGUAGAGAUAAUGAUCGUUUCCUGACACCCCCUAAAGAAGUUAAAGACCCUGCAUCUUUUAAUUGGACAAAGUACCUUGCUGAUACUAGAGCUGUAGCUGUUUCUCCUAGAGCUUUCAAGCAGUGCCCUCCAAAUGAAUUCAAAGUAGGUAUGAAAUUAGAAGCAGUUGAUAGACGCAAUCCUAUGUUGAUUAGAGUAGCAACUAUCGGAGAUAGGAAGGAUUUCAGCUUGUUGAUUCAUUUUGAUGGCUGGUCUAGCGUCUAUGAUUUUUGGGUGGAUGAUGACAGUCCUGAUAUACACCCAAUUAACUGGUGUCACAGAACUGGACAUCCUUUAGAACCACCUGCGGUUACCGCCCCAGGGCAGCCUGGUCCCUGUCCAACAGCUGGAUGUCUCGGUCAAGGGCAUAUCAAGGGUCCAAAGUAUACCACUCACCAUAGUGCCUUUGGCUGUCCCUAUUCUCAAAUUAACAUCAAUAAAAUGGAUUCUAAUUUUCAAGAUAGAGUUAUUAUUACGAAAGAAUCCCUGAAUGAAUUUACGAAAAAGAUAUCAGAACAAGGUGGUGCAACUGACGGAUUAAGACGUUGUCCUACUCCUGGUUGUAAUGGAGUUGGUCAUGUGAAAGGUAAAUAUUCAGUUCACCACAGAGUGUCUGGAUGCCCUCUUGCCGAAAAGAAUGCUCUUAAAGUGCAACAAACUAGUUCCACAACCACUUCAGCUGCUAGUCCUAACUCAUCACCAUCUUCUAUAUCAUCAUCUGCCAUUAGUGCUGUAGAUACAAAGCCAGUUGAUAUUCCCAAAACAAGGAAUGGUGUCGGAAGGGGGAAAAAGAAAUUCAAAGUACCUGGUUUAAGAGGAAGACCUCCAAAACAUAUGUCUGUUUUACGUCUUGAAGCAAUUAAGAAAGCUAGAGCAGCCAGUGAAAAGAGCAAUUCUGAUUUAGAAGAGAAAAUUCAUGAUUCUGUUUUUAAUGAACCCUUCAUCACGCCACCUAAAGAACUCCCUCUAUCUGUAGAAUAUAAUACUCAGUUAAUACCGGGUCUCAGUUCCAUCAAAGGCAGUGCUGUGCGAUCCUGGUCUGUAAACCAAGUUGCCAAAUUUGUUUCUUCUCUCAAGGGCUGUCUUGAUCAAGGUCGACUAUUUCGAGAACAGCUAAUUGAUGGAGAAGCUUUGCUGGAGAUGACGCAGUCAGAUUUAAUAAACAUUUUACAUUUAAAAAUGGGACCUGCACUCAAAGUUUACAGUAGUAUCGUCGCAUUCAAAGAAUCAGAAAAAUUUGAUUAACCUAUAUAUCGUGCAUUAGUGUUUAAUUGUAGGCAUAAACUGGGCCUCAUUAUGUGUCUUCAAAAGCUAACGCUCAAAGCUGUGUAGUUGUUGUAUUAGUCUGCCCAUUGCUCAAAAACUGUGACUUUGCUGGUGGUACAUAUUAUAUAUGUAAUUGUGAAACACCUAGUAGUGUUCUUUAUCUAGCGUUGUUGAACUUUAAAACAUUGCCAUAAGGAAUGGAGUGUGUGCGUGCUAUGAAGAGAAUCUAUAAACUAUGUUGUUAGUGAAAUGUUUCUGAUGUGAUUUAUUUUUAUAUUGGAUGAUUAUAUUUAUGGGUGAAUAGAACAGUUAUGUGAUGGUGGAAGAAAGCAUUAAAUAAUACUCAUUUUUCAUAUAUCAUGCAGUUUUUGGACUGUCUAUUUUAUUAGUAAUAUAUUAAGAAAUUAUUUGUGAUAAAAUGAAACUGCCAAGUUGGAUGUGAGUUAGUACUUGUUAAAGGUACUUUUUUUAAAAAAAAAAAUGUUUUUUUUUCUCUCUUUCCAAUCUGAAUUUACUGAAUCAAAAUGUUUUUAUUUUGUGUACUGACAUUGUAAAAAUUGUUGACACAAUGUAUGGUACAGAGACUGAAGUGAAUGUAGAGAUUAUCGUGGAGGUUAGUCAAAGAUUAUGUUGUGUUUGAAAAAUAAGAAAAUACUAUUUUUAGCAUUUGUUAAUUGUUUUCUUUGAAAACCUUCCAAUGUGUGUUUCUUUCUUUCAUUUUUUAAAUAAAAUUUAAAAUUAGAUUUCAGUUGGUAAUUUUUGCUAAGCUGUAAAGUGAAAUCUUCAGUGCAUGAUAUGGUUUUUAUUGUAAAUUGUUUUGAAAUUUGCUUCUUGUGCUAAAUAUGAGUUUUUACACUUUAGUUACGCAUUUUUUAUUUUUAUCAAAUGUAUUCAUCAGACCCUUUAGAGCUUUCUCACGAAACCAGUGAAUUUUGUUAAAUAAUUGUAUAUCUUUCUUUCUCUAUUGUAGCAUGUAGUUCCUUAAAUCAAUUUUUCUUAAUUAUAGUUAUUUUUAGAAUUCCAUGAAUAGAAAAGGAAUGUUCUCUAAGAAUUAUUUUAAAUGGAUUAUUUAAAAAGAGGCUUUUUUUGUGGUAGUUAAGAAAUGUGACAUUUUUUAGCAAGACUCAAGAUGACUGUCUAGUGAAAUAGUAAAUGAUUUAAAAUCAAUGUAAUCUUCAUUUGAAAGCAAAAAAGGUCACAUAGUAAAAGAGUUGUUUGAUACAAGCUAGGCAUGAAUUUCGUCUAACUUUCUAAACUUUAAUCUUGUUUCAUGUAUAUAAAGCUUAACAGUUUGUUUGACUGCUAAUUUUGCAUAUAGUUAAAAAAAAAAAAAAAGAAACUUUAAAUAACUAUGUAUGAAAAUUUUUUUUCUUUUGAAUAUGUAUUCUCUCUUACUUUACAUAAGUACAAAAAAAAAGUAUUUUUUAAAAUAACCUUUAAUUUCAUUAAAAAUUUAAAAAAUUAUAUUUUUUCUUAAUCAAAAUGAAUUAAUUAUAAAAUGCAUGAAAUGUGAAAUUCAUGAAAACAUCCAGAGAUUGAAAUUCAAUGUUUGCGUAUAAAAAUGAGUUUAAAUUGACAGUGAAACUCCUGGAAAGACCACCUCUUUGUAGAAGCUUCCUCUUUUUGCAACUACUUUUAGGAGGCAUGAAUUUUCCCAUACACACUGUAUUAAAAAAAAAACUUUUAGGAGAGACCAUCAAAAACUUCCCGCCUCCGGGCAAAUCUCUACAUCAAAUGUGGAAAAUAUCAAAUAAGGGAACGCAAAAAAAAUUUAAACAAAUAAGUAGCUUCAAGUGUAUCCAAAUUAUUUGUGAGGCCAUUUUGUAUUUUUACUAAUUCACAUAAAUAAUGAAAGACUAGAAAUUAUCUAACUCUAAAUAUUUAUUGAAAAGGACAAAACACAUAAUAAAAAAAAAAUACAAGAAUUUGGGAGAGGGGGUUUUGGGCUCGAAUUAAACAUCCGUACUUAUCGGCGGUUCCUGGCAGACUGUCUUAGUUCACCGCCAGAGGCGCUGUAGUGGGAGAAGGAGGAAAGCUUGUCACAAGAGCUCUUUUUGAUGAUCUCUGAAAGAGAUAAUCUCUGAAAGAGAUUGGCAGCCUCAUGCUGCAGUCAAAGAGCAGUAAAUACUAUGAUAACCAUGAUUUAUUUUUAGAGUUGAAAAUUAAAUUAAAAAGAAAAAGUUAUUUAAAAAAAAAAACUGAACAUCUCAAACAAACCCUUUCUCAUUUCUUAAUUCUUUUUCUGUGAUAUAAAAUUAAAGCCAAACUUAAACAAAAAGCAUCAUAAUUGUUUAUUUAUUUAAAAUAGCUCAAUCAUUCAUAAUUGGUAAAUUUGUUUUUACGCAUAAUAUAUCAGUAAAGGUAGUUUUUAUUGAAGUUAAAUUUUUUUCAUCGAUCCAGUUUUCAUGAUGCCAACACAAGUGGCAUUUUCACACCAAGAAAAUGAUACUGAGUAAAAUUAAAAUUUUAAAACUUAAAUCCCGAAAAAUUUAAAUUUUGUGCAAAAAAUGUUUGGUUGAGAAACAUUAAAUGACUUACUGGCUACUAAGGAAUAUUUCUUAAAAAUAAUGUAAGAGCAUCUUUGAAAGCAAGCCCAUCAUGUAACUCACAUACACACAGAACAGUAUAUCAAAGUAGACAGUAAACCAAUGUCAGAAUAAUUACAACCUUCAAAUACUUAAAGGUUGGAUGAACUAUCUUUCUGAGAAUAGUAUACAUACAUUAUACUUAGUUCACAAUAUUUAAAUGGACAUUUUUUUCCCAUUUUAAAAACUUUUCAACACCAUUCAUGUCAUAUUUCACAGCUGAUACCUUGAAAAUAGAUAAUGAUUGUUCCAGUAUUGCUGGAAUAAUCCAUCUCACAAUGAAUGAAAACUCACUGAAUAUUCAAAAGAGCUCCCUCCCUUUCAGAAAAUUGCAGGAAAAAGAAGCUAAUUGUUAAGGAGUAUAUAAUAUAUUAACAGUAAAUUAAUAAAUCAAAAGAAACUAAUUUCUAAAAUUUUGGAGCUUUUUUCUUUCUUUUCUGAUAAACUUCUUUAAAAAAUUCAGAAAAAAGUUAACUUUCUUCAACAUUUUCGAUACAAAUACUUGUAUUUUUUCUUCAAAAAAGUAACAAAAAAAAAAAAAAGCCUAAAAAGAUUAAAAGUAUAUUUAAAAAAUAAAAAAGUGCAAGUAAAAGUUAGUACUUUUACUUUUGUUACAAGAAACGAAAGUAAAAGUUAUGCCAUAUAUGCUCAUGCCUGACUUGCUGUUGUUGAUGAGAUUUAAGAAAAAAUCGGUGUAAAAUAAAAUAAUCCUUAUGAAUUAUGAUUCCUGUAAAUUGAAAUUGCUUAUUUCAAAUUGUCUUCCAGUAACUGUAGGUAUUUAAUAGGUUAAGAAUUAUAUCUUAAAUAAUUUCAUUAUUUAUUAUUAAUAAUAAUUGAACAACUUCCUUAUUUUUUGCUUGUUUUAGCUUCAUAAAUAUUUUAAUCAGGUUUCUCAAAAUAUACUGUUAUUCUCGACUAAUAAUAUGGGUAAGAAAAUAAUUGUGCUUGAUACAAAUGUGUGCAUUGAAUCAAACAUAAAUGCAUGUAUUUUAUGUUGGGCUAGAUUUUUAAAAAAUAAUUUCCACUAAAUUUACAAGCAUUAUUAAAUAUAAUUUAUUUUAUAGAACUUUAAAAGACAUUCAAUAGUUUAUAUCUUAUUACUCUUUUAUAAACAAAUUAAGCUUCUAAAGGGAAAAAAUAGGUAAUAAUUCGAAUAAAAUGAAAUUCAAAUAAGGAAUUCCUUUAAAUGAACCAAGUACAAGUUUGCCUGCGUUGAAAUUGGUGCAUUUAGUUUUAUUUUAGAUUAAUUAACAAUCCCAACCUUGGUUUUAUAGCAGUAUUUUAUUUUCACUCAUUAAAUUAUCUCUUACAUCAUAUAACUUUAGCUAGAUGUAAUUAUAAAUUAUUAGAUCAGAUGCACAAUCAUUGAAAAGUUUUCCCAUAUAAGGUCGAAUAGUAAUAAGCCUAGAAGAAGGGACGAUAUUGCAGUUAUCGAAGAAAUUGAUCACCUCUUAUAAUAAGAUGUGUGUUUUAUUAUUGUUCAAGUAUAUAUGAAAGCUCUUGGUUAAACCCUCAUUUUUAUCUCAAAGCAUUCAACAUAAAAAUUCCUGUAUUUUUUUUUAUCUAUAUAUUUGUAUAUCACAUUUUUUCAAAAUUUUUGGUAUGACUUGCAUUUCCCAAAAUUUGAAAAUUCUUUCUUAUGAAAUUUUUUGUAGUUGUGGAUAACGAUUAAAAAAAUACAUUUUGACCAUUAACAUAAAAAAAUUUUUUUAUUAAAUUUUUUUUUUUAGACAUGUAAAUAUAAAAAUAUUGUUUCUAUCUCCUUUUACUCAAUUUCAAACAAUUUUGUAGAGCUAUUAAGUUCAAAUUAGUCAUGUUAAAACAACUAAUUAGUAAAACUCAUACAACGAUUGUAUUAUUUUUCUAUUUAUCUGUUCCUAGCUAAAAAUUGUGUUAAAACAAAGAUAUUGAUUUUUUACAGUUAAGGCUAUUUUUAGUUCACUCAAAAUGACACUUUUUUGGACUCAUUAUAUUAUAUUAUUGGUUAUGAUUUUUACGGACCAUACAUUUAUGUAAUGUUAUUAAUACUGAUUAGUUAAAGAAUUUAUUUAGUAAAACAUUUAUAUAUCUUUCAGAUAGGAACUUUAAUAAGAAAAAUUACAAAAAUAUUUAAUACAACAAUAAUUGAACAUAUAUUAAAAUUUCGAAUAGAACCUAACUGUAUUCAUUUUCCUACGAUUAGAGCAUAUUUGAUCUAUGUAUAUUUUUCACUGCAUUAAAUAUCUUAAAUAACUAUUUUAGAGUUAAUGUUAAAGAAAUAUGGUUCACUUAGUUACAAUCUUGUAUUGGUUAAAAUGCUAAAGAAAGAAAGGCAUGUCAAUUAUAUUUUACUUGCUAGAAUUUGUGCCUUGAAUGAAUGCAAGACCAACUUGAAAAUGACAUUUUAACUCUCCCUCUGUUUCCUAAAAUGAAGAUUUUGGUGCUGGUAAAAUCUAAUUUUUUAAUAAUUGCUUAGAUAAUAUUUUGUAACUUCCUUGGUGGUUUUUAAUGUUACAGUAAUAAACUUUUUCAGCUUUAUUAUUGGUAACAAUCUAAGUUUUAGUGCAACUUUGUUUUGAAAUACUUGAGUGAAACAUAAUAUAUUUUUAAGGCUGUUUUUCAAAGGCUCCAUUGUAACAUGAAAUUAUGUUUUAUUGUGAACAAUUAGUUAUCUUUGCAACUGAUACUCAUGACUGUUUAGCCUAUCUAAAGCCAACGCUGUCUACGCUUAUUUAAAAAAUUUCACAAAAUGUCGAUAUGGUGAAAAACCUCAGUUUUGUAAGAAUGAAAAGCGUUUGGGGUCUAAUUUUUCAAUAUUCAAAAACCUCCUACAAUGCUUCAUUACCUCUGCACAUAAAAAUUAGCAAAAACUGAGAUUAAGGCAGUGAUUUUGAUAAUUUUCAUCUAGGUGGAAAAAUGUCGCCAAAUCAUCAAUUUUUAAAAAAGUUUAAUAUCUUUUAAAAUAUUUAAGUUAUUUGUCCAUUCUAAAGCCCCGAUAAUUCUCUUCUUGACAAGAUUAUAUACAUAGUUUAAAAUCAUCACAUUGCUUCAAGUGUAAGGCACUUAAAUUAUGGCCUUUUUUCCCUUGGCAACAGAGCUUUGAAAAACAGCGUUAAAGAUAACCUAAUAACAUGUAUUGUUAAAAAUUCUGAGUAUUUUUGAAACAUAAGGAUUAAAAGUUCUGUUUGCUUAUUUUUAUUUAAUUGGAAAAGGUUUAAUUUUUAAUUAUUUAAGAAAUUUAACUAUUAAAUAACUUUUUCAUUUCAUAUGCUAAGAAAAUGUUCCAACAAAUUUCUUUUGUUAUAUAAUAGCAGUUAAAGGAUUAGUAGGAAGAAAGUCCUUUUAAAAUAUAGAAUCAAAAAUUAAUGUUCUGUAAUCAAAGAAGUAUACUACUAUUACAGUAAUAAUAAUGCACUAUAAUAUCAAAAUAUGCUAGAACAUUAAUUUUACAGGUAUUUCAGAAUAUCAUUUGGCACAUUCUUCCAUUAAUAACUUUAAUUGCAUAAUAUAUAUGUUGUGUAUAUGACGCCUAAGAAUAUAUAAUUUUUGUUAAUGUAUAUUUUCAGAAAAAUCAUAUUUUACAUUUUAUUCUACUUUUUAACUUAAUGUUUUAAACUUAAGUUUCUUUUUCUGCCCGUCUACAUUUUUAUCGCUGUAUUUUUUUUUUUCUUUCUGAGAGACUAUGCUUUAGAAAGGUUUGACAAUAAAAUGAUUUAGUAAUAGGCAAUUAAUGAGAAAUUGUUUUGAAAGUUACGCACCUGUAUAUACAUAACUGCUUGUGAAUGCAAUUAUCUGUAAUUAGUGUAAAUGCUUUUGUAAAGUUAUAUAGGAAUGGCAUGAAAAAAAACGGCAGUUAUUUGAAACUGUUGUUUAAGCUCAAAGUAUUUUUGAUCUUAAUCCUUUUUGUUUAAGUUUAUUAAUCACUUGUGAGUACUAUUCAUGGUUAUAAAAAUUUGUGAUAGGCUAUUUUUAUAAUUAAUGAAAAAUCUGUUAAGAAUAUUUUCUUUUUUAAAACUCUGACAUUUACAAAGAUGGGCAUAUUUUCAAGUAUUUUACCCCUAUGCAUGAUUCCCCUGUAUGUUGACAUAAGAACUGGUCGGCUAUGCAGGGGAUGCUGCAGGUCUGAAAAUAGAUCAGUAGGUCAGAGAAUUGAAAACAAAUUAAGGUUCUUUUAAACAAAAUUUGUCUUGAAUAUAGUUUUACAUAAAGCUCAUACUUGUUUUUUUUUUUUUAAAUUUUCUGUUUAAGUUAGUUUUAUAUAAACAGAUUUUUAAUAUUUCUUUAUUUUGAAACUAAAUACAAGGUGGAACUAUUUAUUUUGGUGCUAUAAUGAGUAUAUCGUAACUUUUUGUGAAUUUAGCAACGAUGAACGUGUUAGAGUUUUUAAAGCAGAUUCAAUAACAGUUUUUAACAAAAUAUUAAAAAUGAUAGCGUGGUUUCUGUCCUUUGUUUAUUAUAAAGUAAUUGUUAUGUCAAUUUUUUCUUUAUUUUAUCCAUUUAGAUUUAUUUAUGGGUUAAUAUCUGUUAAUGAUGAGAAUUGAAAAACUGUACUAAUUUAGUUACUAUGUGUUCAAAAAAUGGUUGACAGUUUGAAAAAUCUAUUAAAGAAAAUGGAAAAGAAAUUCACAGUUUGCCGUAUUCUUAGGAAAUCAGAUACUCUCAUCAAAUUAAAAUAAAAACAAAACAGUAAAAUUUUCAGUCUACAGAUGGUGCUGUUGAUUGGAUAGACCUUUUUUUACUAAUUAAUGUUGCAUGUUAGACCAUUUGAACUGAAAUAUAUGCAUAGGUGUUCAACAUUUUGCUUAUGGACUGCACAACAUGAUUGUUGUCAAAGUCUAAUUUUGAAAUGAUUGUUUUAAAAUUUUACUGUUAGCAGCGUUGUAUAUUGACGAACAUUUUAACUUAUUUUUCUUGUUUUGAAUGAAUUUGUAGUUUCAUAAUCAAGACACAGUAAACUGUGCAUUUCUAUUCCCUUCUGUUUUUCUUUAAUAUACAGCCUAAUUUUUUGGCACUAGUAUUUACGAAAGGCAUACCUGUAUUUCUUAAUAUUUUUUUAUUUCUGACACAUAAUUAAGCAGUCAGAAAAAUAUUUUGUUAUUAAAAAAUUUUAGAUUUUUUUUUUUUAAUUUUUGAUGUUUAACAAAUUUUAGUUCCAGCUAAGUGAUGUGAUUGCUACACCAAAUGCAUAAAAUAAUUAAAAUGCAAUUUUCACGACUGGUUAGAGUGAGCUAUAUUUUUAUAAUUUUUAGAACAUUAAAUGAUGAAUCUACAUUAUGCUAGAUAUAAAUGUUUAAAGUAUGCUAGAAUUUUUUUUAAUUACAACUCGCCACUUAUAUGCGAUUAAUUUUUAAAAAAAUUCUUUUUUCCAGAAAUUUAAACAGAAAGUAAGAAAAAAAGGAGUAAUAUAUAAUUAAUUAUGGCUAUUGAAUUUAUAUCAAAGAUCUUUGAAAUAUCUCUAUUAUUUGCAUGGUUUUAUUAAUUUCAAAUUUGUAAGUUGCCUUUCAAGGUAUGUAAUCCACUAAUUUUUAUUUUUAACUAUAUGACCCGGAAUGCAAACUGCUCCGUUUUCUGCAAAAGUUCUAAUAAAUUGGUAGCAAAUUAAAUAUUAAAACUUGUAGAAUAAGGAUAAUUAUGAAUCCUCUUUAAAAGUGUCACCAAGAGAUAAGAGCUAUAAAGUUGCAUUUCAUAAAAUAAAAAUAUAUAAAUUUAAAAAUAACUUGUUACCACUAAAAAAUAUCUUUUUUACAAAGGGGAGCAAAUUGGCAUCUCCGUAUGACUAGUGUAAAAAUGGCUCUUAUUUUAUAUAAUUUGUUGUAAAUGUUAAUGUAAUCCUUGUUUCAAAAAAUUAUUACUUGCUAACAAUGAAAGAAAAAUAAAUGAAUUGGUUCCAAAAACCGAAUAAUUGCUAUGAUCCAUUUAUCUGACUUAUUUGAACCAUUGUUGGAAGUUAAAGAUUUUCAUUUAAUUUCAAAUAAGUGUCACAAUUCAUUUUAAAUGUUAAUUUAUUUUGUAAAUCAUUUGCAUUUUUAUAUGUGUUUGCCAUUUCUUGUCAUACUAUUGAAUACUGUCAAAAUAUAUGUUAUUUUAAAGUUCACGUUUGAAUGUGUUUUGUACUAAAAAUGUAUUAAUAAAACUAAUAAAAAAAAUGUAGGUUCU